AUGCAACAUCUCCCCUGGUCGUGCACAUGUUACUUGUUCUACGACCUGUUCUCUGUUGCAACUCGUCUCUUCUUUGUUGAAGAGUUGAAUAAUAACUUCUUUGUUGAAGAGUUGGAUACUAACUUCUUUGUUGAAGAGUUGGAUAAUAACUUCUUUGUUGAAGAGUUGGAUAAUAACUUCUUUGUUGAAGAGUUGGAUAAUACCUUCUUUGUUGAAGAGUUGGAUAAUACCUUCUUUGUUGAAGAGUUGGAUAAUAACUUCUUUGUUGAAGAGUUGGAUAAUAACUUCUUUGUUGAAGAGUUGGAUAAUAACUUCUUUGUUGAAGAGUUGGAUAAUACCUUCUUUGUUGAAGAGUUGGAUAAUACCUUCUUUGUUGAAGAGUUGGAUAAUAACUUCUUUGUUGAAGAGUUGAAUAAUAACUUCUUUGUUGAAGAGUUGGAUAAUAACUUCUUUGUUGAAGAGUUGAAUAAUAACUUCUUUGUUGAAGAGUUGGAUAAUAACUUCUUUGUUGAAGAGUUGGAUAAUAACUUCUUUGUUGAAGAGUUGGAUAAUACCUUCUUUGUUGAAGAGUUGGAUAAUACCUUCUUUGUUGAAGAGUUGGAUAAUAACUUCUUUGUUGAAGAGUUGGAUAAUAACUUCUUUGUUGAAGAGUUGGAUAAUAACUUCUUUGUUGAAGAGUUGGAUAAUACCUUCUUUGUUGAAGAGUUGGAUAAUAACUUCUUUGUUGAAGAGUUGGAUAAUACCUUCUUUGUUGAAGAGUUGGAUACUAACUUCUUUGUUGAAGAGUUGGAUAAUACCUUCUUUGUUGAAGAGUUGGAUAAUAACUUCUUUGUUGAAGAGUUGGAUAAUAACUUCUUUGUUGAAGAGUUGGAUAAUAACUUCUUUGUUGAAGAGUUGGAUAAUACCUUCUUUGUUGAAGAGUUGGAUAAUAACUUCUUUGUUGAAGAGUUGGAUAAUACCUUCUUUGUUGAAGAGUUGGAUAAUAACUUCUUUGUUGAAGAGUUGAAUAAUAACUUCUUUGUUGAAGAGUUGAAUAAUAACUUCCUUGUUGAACGGAAUUAUUAA